AUGUCUAACCAAUUUGAUCAGAGCCAAGGGCAAUCUUGGGCGCAGUUCGGUCAGUUGCUGGUAGCUGCCGGGCUCUCCGCCGCAAUCGGCAUCGAACGAGAAUUGCAGCAUAAGAGCGCUGGGUUGCGUACUAACACCCUUGUUGGGAUAGGCGCCGCUCUUUUUAUGUUGAUAUCGAAAUUUGGCACCCUUGAUGUUCUAAGUGAUUUGGUUGUACUAGACCCAUCGCGGAUUGCAGCCCAGAUUGUGUCUGGAAUUGGGUUCAUCGGUGGUGGGCUCAUCUUCAAGCAUCGGAACGAGGUCCGGGGCCUCACCACAGCAGCCGCAGUCUGGCUAAGCGCAGCAGUGGGAGCCGCAUGUGGUGCCGGACUCCUCAGGCUAGCAUCCGUCUCUACUCUGCUAUAUUUUAUCACGGUUUAUAUCUAUCCGACAUUCUGGCAUUUUCUGCAACGACGCUUCCAUCUGCAAACUGCCAUGGAAGUUUCUGCUGUGGUCCGCUACCGCGCCAGAGACGAUGGCCUACAAGCUAUUCUGCAAACUCUGAUGGGAACUGGCUUCUACUUGCGAUCGGUGACACGGCUAGAAGAGGUGGCGACGGAUCAGGCGGGGAGUCCCUCAUCAGCCGCAAAGGAUCAAUCACAAUCUGUGUCGAGUCUGAGAAGAUCACAAAUGGGACUACAAAUAGAUGUUGGAAAGCAAAGCCGAAUCUUUGAUGUCCACCUCACAGUAAAUGGCCUCAGGACAGCGAAUGACUUAAUGCAUGCUCUUUCCCAAUUGGACUGUGUCAUUUCUAUAUCUAUUGCCGAUGAUCAGAUGUAUGCAGUACAAGAAGAGCAUGUGGCAGUCUGA